UAUUGUGUGAUACGCCCAUGUCCCGUUUCUUAGCUCCAUCGCCUUAAUCCAGCAUAUGAAUAAUUACCAACAAGUGCUCUUAGAAUUUUGAACGGUGGAUUUAUCAGAAAGAGUGAAGACUUAACAUGUCAUGUAAUUGUUGUGAAAUGUUUUCCUUAUUUAUUCGUGGUUGCGUGCACUUGUUUUUUCGGCACGAAGUCUAGCCAAGCAGCAGGACAGUGUACGAAGAAAUAUGGUCCUAAUGGAGAGACAUUGGACAAAAAUAUCUGCAGUUCUCCUCACAAUUACUUUAAACGCAUUGCUCUGUGAGAGCGAGGACCCCUCAUGCCAUGGAGCGUUUGAUAUAUAUUUUGUUUUAGACAGAUCCGGAAGUGUGUCUGGAAAUUGGGGGGAGAUCUAUGGAUUUGUGGAGCAGCUCACCAACCGAUUUGUCAGUCCUAGGAUGAGAGUGUCCUACAUUGUCUUCUCCUCCAGAGCUGCUGUGAUUCUUCCUUUGACUGGCAACAGGAGGGAGAUAGAGGAGGGUUUGAACCAGCUGAGUCAGAUAAGACCAGCAGGUGAAACGUACAUGCACGAAGGCCUGAUAUCGGCUUCUGAGCAGAUGAAGGCCCAGACUAGCAGGUCCUCUAGCAUCAUUAUAGCCCUGACUGAUGGGAAAUUGGAGGUCUACCCCUAUGAACUGACUGUACGAGAGGCCAACACUGCCAGGGAGUACGGUGCCAGAGUGUAUUGUGUUGGAGUUAAAGACUUCGAUGAGACUCAGCUGGCAGAUAUAGCAGACACCAAGGAGCAGGUGUUCCCUGUUCUGGCAGGCUUCCACCAGCUCAAAACCAUUGUGAACUCGAUUUUGAAGCAGUCCUGCACAGAGAUAUUGAGAAUCGAGCCCUCCAGUGUUUGUGUAAAUGAGUCUUUCAACAUUGUGCUGAGGGGAAGUGGAUUCACCCGAGGGAGGAGCACGGAGGGUGUGGUCUGCACCCUCUCUGUGAACCACCAGAGCUACAACCAGAGGCCCACAGUGGUGCAGGACAGCUAUCUGCUGUGUCCAGGCCCAGUGCUGCACGAGGUGGGCCAGUCAAUAGAAGUUCUGAUCAGCUUGAACAAUGGCCAGUCAUACAUCUCCAGCCCUAUCACCAUCCACGCCACCACCUGUUCAGACGGGUGGCUGGUUCUGGUGGUUCUGCUGAUCCUGCUCCUGCUUCUGGGCCUGGCCUUGCUGUGGUGGUUCUGGCCUCUCUGCUGCACCAUUGUGAUCAGGGACCCUCCACCCUCCAGACCUCCACCCCCAGUGCCAGUGUGGGAGUCUGAGGAAGAAUCUCUCCCCAAGAGGAGAUGGCCCAUGGUGGACGCCUCUUACUACGGAGGCAGGGGGCCUGGAGGGAUCAAACGCAUGGAGGUGCGCUGGGGUGAGAAGGGCUCCACAGAGGAGGGGGCUCGGCUGGAGAAAGCCAAGAAUGCUGUGGUGACCAUGCAGGAGGAGGUGGAGGAGCCCAUUAUACCCAAACCCCCUCCCAGACCACCCCCCAUCUACCACCCCCCACCACAGUCCAAAUGGUACACUCCCAUCAUGGGAAGGUUUGAUGUGCUGCGGGCGUUGCUCAGGAGACAGUAUGACCGUGUGGCAAUCAUGAGGCCCACAGCUGGGGACAAGGGUCGCUGUAUGAACUUCACCAGAGAACAGAGGCAAUAGGUUAAAGAUAACUUUUCAAUCCUAAAGGGAUAGUUCACUAUAAAUUACAGUGCUGUGGGUGUGGGUGUGCCUUUGACGUGUGUCUUUGUCCAACAUCAUAGAACAUUCCAUUGUUCUGUCGUCAGACUUCUUUUUGCACUGUCAGAGGGUGAUUCAAGGAGGAAGAGGUUUAACCUGUAUAGCUAAUUGCUGAAACCAGAUAACUGUUUUACAGAUCGCUUGUCUGUCAGUGGGCCUAAGUUAAAUUUCCCUGACAACUAUGUCGGUAUUGUUUGUCAACCAGCACAGUCUGUGAUGACAUAAGGUCAUAUUUUUUUAUUAUGGCUAUUUACCAAAGAAAAAAUUGCAGUGCAUUGAUUGUCUGGGUGUUUACCUGCGCUAUUAGAGCUGCAUCGAUGUUUCACUUAUUGUAAAUAAAUGUGAU